AUGCGCAGCCGUGAAUCCAAGAGCCGUGAUAACUGGUCGAGAGAGUUUCCUCUCCAAGCGGCAGAUGCGGGUCGCGAAGGGCUGCAGAGCCGUAAGCAGGGUGGCGCAAAGGCGAUGAUCCGCAGCAUUAGCGACCGCGUGGCACGCGACUCGGUGGGUCCGAACGCGACAAUCCCAACCUCUCCCGCUUCCUCUACGUCCUCCGCUUCCUCUGCUUCCUCUCCUAAAGCGAUCCAGGGGAACGCAUCGUCCCGAGGCCGACACCCGUCGCGCGUCGCGGCGUCGGAUCCGUUGGAACGCACUCUCCCCCGCAAAUUCCGUUUGAACGACGACGACACGGCGACGACGGUCCGAAGUGAAGCGACGGACGGCGAGGAGGAUUCAGACGCUGGGUCGGUGUCGAUGCGACAGCUGCGACGCGAGAUUGACGAUCUGAGGACGCAGCUGGAGCGAUGCGUGCGAAUCAACAAAUUGCUCUCCGCGGAGCGCACAGCGAAUGAAGCCACAGCAGCCGCCCGCGUGUUAGCGUCGGAACGCGACGACGUGGUGAAAGAGCUGGAAGAGGUGCUGAAAGCGUGGUCCCAAGCCGAUGACGUGGCAGUGGCGAAGCAAAAGGAGGAACGCGCGACAGCGCAAAGGACCCGAGUGUCGCUGGAGUGGGCGCGAGCAGUGUUGGCACAAGAAAGGGAGGCUGUGGGGAGGGAGAGGGAGGAGCUGAAGCAGGAGAGGGAAGCGCUGCAGAAAGAUAAGGAGAGGAUCACCAAGGACGCAGCGAAACGGGCGGCGCAAGAGGUGCAGGGCGAGCGGAGCAAGCUGCAGCAGCAAGCAGGGAUGAUGGGCAUGCAGCAGCAGCAGCACCAUGUGACUCCCGAAGUACAGCUGGUUACAGCAGCAGCAGCAGUCUUGGCCGAUUUCCUCGCUUCUGUGGAGGAGGCGAAGCAGCUGAAUCCCGUACGAGCACCGCAGUUCCAGCUGGUUCUCUACGGGCUGUACAAGCAGGCGACUGCAGGAAGCAUCACUUCGUGUUCAGAAGAUGACGUGGACACUGACGACCAAGAGAAAGUCCAGGCUUGGCGCGACUUCGCAGGCCUCAGCAUCGAGGUCGCUAUGGUGAACUACGUUCAGAAAGUGAAGCAGUUCCAGAUGCUCUUCUCGCCUUCUUGA